AUGGGCUCGGGGCGCGUGCCUGGGCUCUGCCUGAUCGUCCUGCUGGUCCACGCCCGUGCCGCCCAGCACAGCAAAGCCGCGCAAGAUGUGGAUGAGUGUGUGGAGGGGACUGACAACUGCCACAUUGAUGCUAUCUGCCAGAACACCCCACGGUCCUACAAGUGCAUCUGCAAGUCUGGCUACACGGGAGAUGGCAAACACUGCAAAGAUGUGGAUGAGUGCGAACGAGAGGAUAAUGCAGGUUGUGUGCACGACUGUGUCAACAUCCCUGGCAAUUACCGAUGUACCUGCUAUGACGGAUUCCACCUGGCACAUGACGGACACAACUGCCUGGAUGUGGACGAGUGUGCCGAGGGCAACGGUGGCUGUCAGCAGAGCUGUGUCAACAUGAUGGGCAGCUAUGAGUGCCACUGCCGGGAAGGCUUCUUCCUCAGCGACAAUCAGCACACCUGCAUCCAGCGGCCAGAAGAAGGAAUGAACUGCAUGAACAAGAACCAUGGCUGUGCUCACAUCUGCCGGGAGACGCCCAAAGGGGGCAUCGCCUGUGAAUGCCGCCCGGGCUUUGAGCUCACCAAGAACCAGCGCGACUGUAAAUUGACGUGCAACUACGGUAACGGCGGCUGCCAGCACACGUGCGAUGACACAGAGCAGGGUCCCCGGUGCGGCUGCCAUGUCAAGUUUGUGCUCCAUACCGACGGGAAGACGUGCAUCGAGACCUGUGCUGUCAACAACGGGGGCUGCGACAGUAAGUGCCACGAUGCAGCCACGGGCGUCCACUGCAGCUGCCCUGUGGGCUUCAUGCUGCAGCCAGACAGGAAGACCUGCAAAGACAUAGACGAGUGCCGCCUGAACAAUGGGGGCUGUGACCACAUUUGCCGCAACACGGUGGGCAGCUUUGAAUGCAGCUGCAAGAAGGGCUAUAAGCUUCUCAUCAAUGAGAGGAACUGCCAGGAUAUAGACGAGUGUUCCUUUGAUCGAACCUGUGAUCACAUAUGUGUCAACACACCGGGAAGCUUCCAGUGCCUCUGCCACCAUGGCUAUCUGCUAUAUGGUGUCACCCACUGUGGGGAUGUGGAUGAGUGCAGCAUCAAUCGGGGAGGUUGCCGCUUCGGCUGCAUCAAUACUCCUGGCAGCUACCAGUGUACCUGCCCAGCUGGCCAGGGCCGGCUCCACUGGAACGGCAAAGAUUGCACAGAGCCAGUAAAGUGUCAGAGCAGUCCUGGUGCCUCGAAAGCCAUGCUCAGCUGCAACCGGUCUGGCAAGAAGGACACCUGUGCCCUGACCUGCCCCUCCCGCGCCCGGUUUUCACCAGAGUCUGAAAACGGCUUCACCGUGAGCUGUGGCACCCCCAGCCCCAGGGCCACUCCAGCUCGAGCUGGCCACACCGGGAAUGGCACGAACUCCAACCACUGCCAUGAGGCUGCAGUGCUGUCCGUUAAACAGCGGGCCUCCUUCAAGAUCAAGGACGCCAAAUGCCGUUUGCACCUGCGAAACAAAGGCAAAAUGGAGGAGGCCAGCAGAAUCCUGGGGCCAGGUGGUGUCCCCUGCUCUGACUGCCAGGUCACCUUCAUCCACCUCAAGUGUGACUCCUCUCGGAAGGGCAAGGGCCGGCGGGCCCGGACCCCUCCAGGCAAGGAGGUCACUCGGCUUACCCUGGAACUGGAGGCAGAGGUCAGAGCUGAAGAAACCACAGCUGGCUGUGGGCUCCCCUGCCUCCGACAGCGGAUGGAACGGCGGCUGAAAGGGUCCCUGAAGAUGCUUAGAAAGUCCAUUAACCAGGACCGCUUCCUCCUGCGCCUGGCUGGCCUUGAUUAUGAGCUGGCCCACAAGCCGGGCCCAGUCGCCGGGGAGCGCGCCGAGAUGGUGGAGGCCUGUAGACCUGGGCAGCACCGCACUGGGGCCAAGUGUGUCAGCUGCCCGCAGGGAACGUAUUACCACGGCCAGACGGAGCAGUGUGUGCCAUGCCCAGCGGGCACCUUCCAGGAGAGAGAAGGGCAGCUCUCCUGCGACCUUUGCCCUGGGAGUGAUGCCCACGGGCCUCUUGGAGCCACCAACGUCACCACGUGUGCAGGUCAGUGCUCACCUGGCCAACACUCUGUAGAUGGGUUCAAGCCCUGCCAGCCAUGUCCACGUGGCACCUACCAACCUGAAGCAGGACGGACUCUGUGCUUCCCAUGUGGUGGGGGCCUUACCACCAAGCAUGAAGGGGCCAUCUCCUUCCAAGACUGUGACACCAAAGUCCAGUGCUCCCCUGGGCACUACUACAACACCAGUACCCAUCGCUGCAUCCGCUGUGCCAUGGGGUCCUACCAGCCGGACUUCCGCCAGAACUUCUGCACCCGCUGUCCAGGAAACACGAGCACUGACUUUGAUGGCUCCACCAGCGUGGCCCAGUGCAAGAAUCGCCAGUGCGGUGGGGAGCUGGGUGAGUUCACUGGCUAUAUCGAGUCCCCCAACUACCCAGGCAACUACCCGGCCGGAGUGGAGUGCGUCUGGAAUAUCAACCCCCCGCCCAAGCGCAAGAUCCUCAUCGUGGUGCCCGAGAUCUUCCUGCCAUCUGAGGACGAGUGUGGGGACGUCCUCGUCAUGAGAAAGAACUCCUCGCCAUCCUCCAUCACCACCUACGAGACCUGCCAGACCUACGAGCGCCCCAUUGCAUUCACAGCCCGCUCCAGAAAGCUCUGGAUCAACUUCAAGACAAGCGAGGCCAACAGCGCCCGUGGCUUCCAGAUCCCCUAUGUCACCUAUGACGAGGACUACGAGCAGCUGGUGGAAGACAUUGUGAGAGAUGGCCGGCUCUAUGCCUCUGAAAACCACCAGGAGAUUUUAAAGGACAAGAAGCUCAUCAAGGCCUUCUUUGAGGUGCUGGCCCACCCUCAGAACUACUUCAAGUACACGGAGAAGCACAAGGAGAUGCUGCCCAAGUCCUUCAUCAAGCUGCUGCGCUCCAAAGUGUCCAGCUUCCUGAGGCCCUACAAAUAGUGCCCGUAGGCCCAAGACCCAGGUUUUGAAGACCCCAGACGCCUUAGCCCUCAGAGCCAGCGGCCCCCAUCCUCCGACGAGGAACUCUCUCCUCUCUCUUUGGAGACAAAAAUAUCACUAUAACAGACCAAGAACUCUCCCUUUCUUUCUCUCUAGCUGCCUUUCCUUGUCCCUCUCUGCCUCUCUGUCUCUCUGUCUUUCCCUCUGUCCUGUUUUCCCUUUUCCUACAAGCUCCCUGGAAAAGCCAUUCAGUGCUGGCUCUAUUCCCCCCGAGGGGUGAAAGAACAGUAUCCCCCCUUCCCGCCCCUCCCCAGCCACACUGCCCAUUCUACCAGCUCACAGCCCUGACCCCAUCAGCUUGGACGGGUGCUAGAGGCCCACCAAAAGAAGUGGGUCUAGUGGGGAACGGGCAGGGGAAAGAGGGGCUUCUGCCAUUAUAGGGUUGUGCCUUGCUAGUCAGGAGCCAAAAUGUCCCCUGGCUGUGCCCCCCAGGUGAUUCUAAUAGCCCAGGGUUCUGCCAAAGAAGCCUUUGACUUACAGGCUUACUGCCAGCACUGGUCCUCUGGGGCACGUGGUUUGAGCCCUGGGCUGCCCACACAGACGGCUUCCUUGUCUAUACAGUUCCUCUCCUUCUUCCCCCACAAUCUGCCUGGGGUCCAAUCCAUAGGGGCUUACAAAAGGCCCACAGCACUGGGCCCGUGGACACCGCUGAUUGCGGAAGCACAGCAGGUAUUACCAUGUUGAAUGCACUGCUGUCACUCCCGGAGAGAAACACUAGAGCUCUGCAGGACAGAAACCAGGUUUCCAAGCACCGCCAAGAGAAAGAAAGAAAGAAAGAAAGAAAAAAAAAGGAACAAAAACGUAUGAUCUAAAGGACUAGACUACAGAACAGUUGGAAGCCAGCCUCAAACACUCAUCCCUUUUCUUGUCUUCCCUGGCCCAGCCGUCCUCUCACCCCUACCGGAGUGCUCCCUGGGGGAGCCCUACUCCCCGUGCUAAGUGUUGUGCUUAAAGAAACAUGGCUGCCGAGCGGAAGCCAGCCUGGGCCUUACCCCAGAGCUGUCUUUCCCUUGUAGCCACAGAUGGCUUGUGGGCUCCACCAAAGGACCCUGCUCGGUAGCCAGCCCAAAGCCACCUACCUCUGGCCCCAGGCUGUGGGCAGCAAGAGGAAUGUGUGUGCACUUGGCAAGCCUUCUGCCCACCCUGUCCACAUCUAAUAAGUGCAAUCAUUUUGAGUCUUUCUAUGUUGUCUAGAGGGAGGGGUUUUUGUCUUCUGGUUUUGUUCUUUUUUUGUUGUUGUUGUUUGUUUGUUUCUUUCUCCUUUAUUAGAACAACCCUAUUUAUAGCUGCCCAAAAGAGAAGAGUAUAUGUUUGGAGUGGAAGAAAAAAGGUUUUGAAUCUCAUGAACUUUGAGUGCAGGAGCAUCUGAUCUGUCUCUACUCCCCACCAGUGGCCCCCCAGACCUCUAGAGCCCCUGGCUUGGGUCACCCAGGGCUGUAGCUCAGAGGCACCUGAUGUGUAGGACAGUAAUUCUGGGGACUUUAUGGAGCAGGAAGGAGAGGGACCUGUGUUUGCUAAACCAAUCCUGCUAUCCCUUGCCUCUCCAUGGACUCAGCAUGGACUUCACGAUUGUAGAGGCCAAUGGAAUUGGAACUGGUCAGUGAUUCUCCACCCCAAGUAGGGAAAACCUCCAUCUUUCCCCUGCUUUUCAUCGUAUUUUCCCCUGCUGUGCACAUGGAAGAGGACCAGGACAAACCCCCUGGGGAUGGGCUAACUCAGGGCCCUAAGGGCAGAGACAAGGCUGGGGGAGCCAAGAAUAGGACAGUUAGCCAGGCAUGAAGUGUUCUGCCUGACCCUGGCCGUUCUGCCCACCCCUACCUGUUCACCAUUCCCUCUGGGAAUUGAUUUCAAGCCUAGCUUCCUCAAGCACUGCUUUUCAAAAGGAUGAAGAAUCAAGUCCAUGCCCAAGCCCAGAUCCUGCACUCCACCUUCAAGCUACUGCUGCCUAUAAAAUUAUUUUCCAUUUGCUCCGUCUAGUUCCCCCAAAGCUGUAGUCCUAUUCAAUCAAAGGCUACCAAUUAACUCCCCCAGGAAACUCAACACUAAAUAAAGGAGCCUGACCUCCCUCCUUUCCCCAAUUAGCAUUCAGCAGUGAAAACAGCCUUAGGUAGCAGGUAGCCAAUGUCACAGCUAGAUCCUCUGACAUCCAUGAGCCAACACCAUGGCCUUUAUGGGGUAGAGUGUCUGGCUGCCUUUGUCUCUCUGUGUCAAAGGGGGUGCUGCUAUAAAGACCCAAAAUGUCUCUUUCCAAGCACGGAAAUGGUCAUUUAGUAGGAGUAUCCACACUUCCCAGGAAAUUCCAUGAAAACUGCUUUAAUUGACUUUGACCAUCCUGUUGUCCACCAGAAACUAGGAUAACUUUCUGAUUCCUCUCUCCCUACCAUUUUGCAUCUCUCUUAGCCAGUCGGAGUGCUUCCCAAUGUAUGCCUUCAGGGUCUGGCUUCUCCUUGCUCUCUUCCUUUCCUGUCACCCCCUACAUAUACACACAUAAACACAUUUCUUCCAUUCACUUAUUCCAUGGUUUCUGGGACAUGCACGUGACUUCCACAGUAUGGAAAGUAUAGACCACUAGGCGUCUUCAUUGAUGUCAGGACGGAUCUUGGUGAGCAGGUGGAAGGCCUGCUAAUGUCCACCAAAUUCGAUUUAGGUUGUCCAAGUUGGGGGUUAAGAACCCAGGCAAAGCUGCUGCUGAACCUAUAGAGGAAGCCUCCCUGGGGCAUCAAACUAGGGAUUAAAUGGACUGAAUGAGGAGUCAACACUCAGGGACUCUCUAGGCCUUAUACAGGUCAGACAGAAAAAUAGGAUUUUACCAGUGUGGGGAAGUGGAGAGACGAUAUAAAUGGGAACCCUUCAUGAAAUCAGCCCAGAGGCCUCCCUGCAGGACGGGUGUUGACAGGGCCACAGUGCUGUAAGGCUUCAUUUAUUCUAGUACAAAACCUGCCCUGAUCUGAGUCUGGGAUUGGGAAGCCAUUUCUGCAAGAGCUCUGAGCACCAAGUGAUACAUAUCAGAAAGGCACUUAUAUCCUCAGCAACACACAAUCUCUUUUACUUCUCUGCCUCCCUCUUUCUGUAUGAUAAGCCAGGCCCAUUCCCCAAACCCAAGAGAAUUCUCAGAGUCAGGAGAAAACUGACCAGAGCUGCCCAGCCCCAGGCCUAUAAAUCCUCAGAGGCUGACGUUGAGCUAUGACUGCUCUGACUCCCUCAGGAUUGGGUUAGUUUGAGGUGGUGGAGGCUCAGAUUUAUUGCUGAAAGUUCAGUAAUACAGUUCUGGUCUUUGGCCCUAAGGAAACUUUAUACCCAAAAAAUGUUCUCCAUAUGCAUGUUUGAGGUGACUGGAGUGGAUUAGGAGGUCAUGUCUCAAAAUGUCAGAAAACGUAAAGCAUUCAGACUUUUGUAUUUGCUGCUUAACCUCAAUAUAAGAGGCUCAAAGUAGGGGGAAGAAGACAAAGUAUAAUGACUGUAAGCAGAAAACAAUGUUAAUCUGCUUGGCUUUUUUAAGAACAGUAAGAAAAAAAUGAAGCCAACAACACAAGGAUAUCUUUAAAUUCGACCUGUCUCAAUGGUGGCAUACCCUGUCCUUGGGCCAGUGUUUGGACUAGGAACCCUUUAAGAAAAUACAUGAUUAGAGGGAAUCCGCAGUUCUGUUAUCAGUUUAUCUAGACAACACAGACUAGCAGUAUGGACAAACCGAAAACUAUUCUGUGUGAGUCGAACUGAAGUUUCAGAGAAUAAUCAUUCUCAUGUGGGAGGCUUUUUAUUUUCAUGCAGAAUAAUUCUCAAAAUAUUGUAUUUAUAUCUGCCUUCCACUGCUGCCAAUAUAGUAAUCAUCUCCUACACAAUCAAUAAUAAACAGUAAGUGAUGCAGUUCAUAGAAUAUUUUGCACUUGGGGGAAAAAUGUAUCUUAACUUGUAAAAAGA